AUGUUUUCUCUCUUGACUUCUUCUUCUCUUUUUCUUUCACUUCUUUCAUUAUUUCUUUUUCUUCCCUUUCUUUUAGUCUUCUUUAAAUUAUCUUCUGUUUUCUUUUAUGUGACACCGGUUGAUAAAGAGAACAAAGUGUUCAUUAAUGUUUUAACGUGUCUGAUUACAAUCCAUUUAAUCAUGAAGUUAGUAAGAUUUUUGAUGAAACUCAGCCAUGAAACUGUAACAAUUGAGUUGAAGAAUGGAACUUUGGUUCAUGGCACAAUCACUGGUGUGGAUGUAAGCAUGAACACUCAUUUGAAGGCAGUCAAGAUGACGUUAAAGAACAAGGAUCCUGUACAGUUGGAGACAUUAAGUAUACGUGGUAACAACAUUCGUUACUUUAUUUUGCCAGACAGUCUCCCUUUGGACACUCUAUUAAUUGAUGAUACGCCAAAAGCCAAAGCGAAGAAAAAAGAAAUGGCUGCUCCUGGUCGUGGACGAGGCAGGGGACGUGGCAGAGGACGAGGUCGUGGUAGAGGGCGAGGAAGGCGAUAA